GGUUGGCUGAGGGGUGAGGAUGAGGAGAGAACUGGUGCUUCUCGCUCCAUCCGGGCCUUUGUUUUCGCGGCGUGAGGGAAGCGCCGGCCGGGAAGGCGGGGUCGGGCGCCGACAUCCGGGUCCUGGGGGGGAUGGCCUCCCUGAGCCGCUGCAUCCGGGUCCUUCUCUCGUGAGGGAAGUUGUCAGGAGGCGCGAGGGGUCCUGAGGCGGAGAACGAGAAGCCUCCGAGCUGCCCGCCGGGACCUCCCCACCCCCGCACCCUGCCGAAGGCCGCUCAGGAGCCUCCUCACAUUGAGAAGCAAUGGAAGUAGCAACAAGUCAAACACAACCUUGCAAUGAAAAGCAGCUGCCAAAUUCUGAAGGUGGAUACGUGUGGCAGGUUACCGACAUGAAUCGACUGCGCCGUUUCUUGUGUUUUGGUUCUGAGGGAGGUACUUACUACAUCAAGGAACAAAAGUUGGGCUUUGAAAAUGCAGAUGCUCUGCUGAGGCUUAUUGAAGAUGGCAGAGGCUGUGACGUGGUACAGGAAAUAAAGACGUUCAGUCAAGAAGGGAGGGCAGCAAAACAGGAGCCAGCAUUGUUUGCGCUUGCCGUUUGUUCACAGUGUUCUGAUUCCAAAACAAAACAAGCAGCUUAUAAGGCUGUCCCUGAAGUUUGUCGUAUACCAACCCAUCUCUUCACUUUCAUUCAGUUUAAAAAGGAUCUGAAGGAGGGCAUGAAAUGUGGCAUGUGGGGCCGUGCCCUAAGAAAAGCUGUUGCGGAGUGGUACAAUGGGAAGAAUGACAUGGCUAUUGCUUUAGCGGUGACAAAAUAUAAGAAAAGAAAUGGCUGGUGUCAUAAAGAUCUUCUCAGGUUAUCCCAUCUAAAGCCUGCAAAUGAAGGCCUUGCCAUAGUAACUAAGUAUGUAAUGAAAGGGUGGAAGGAAGUCCAAGAAGCAUAUAAAGACAGCAAGCUUUCUCCUGAGACUGAAAAACUGAUAAAAUAUUUGGAGGCAGUGGAGAGGGUGAAGCAUACAAAGGAUGAAUUGGAAGUGAUUCAUUUGAUAGAAGAAUACAGUUUAGUUAGGGAACACCUUCUCACAAAUCAUUUGAAAUCUAAAGAGGUGUGGAAAGCAUUGUUACAGGAGAUGCCCUUAACAGCAAUGUUGAGGAAUCUAGGAAAGAUGACAGCAAAUUCUGUUCUUGAACCGGGAAGCCCAGAAGUAGCAGCAGUUUGUGAAAGACUAAGAAACGAAAAACUUCUUAAAAAGGCUCGAAUACAUCCAUUCCAUGUUUUGGUUGCACUAGAAAACUACAAAGGAGAACGUGGUUAUCGGGGAAAACUUCGCUGGCAACCUGAUAAUGACAUUUUGGAAGCACUUGAUGCCUCAUUUUACAAGACCUUCAAGACAAUGGAGCCAACAGGGAAGCGUUUCAUGCUUGCAAUUGAUGUCAGUGACUCUAUGUUCCAAAAGGUUUUGGGUAGUGUGCUGAAUGCUAGUACAGUUGCUGCAGCAAUGUGUAUGGUUGUUGCACGAACUGAAAAAGAUUCUCAUAUUGUUGCCUUUUCCCAUGAAAUGGUCCCUUGCUCGGUGACUGAGGACAUGACAUUACCUCAAGUGUUACAUAAGAUGUCUGAGAUUCCAAUGGGUGCCACAGAUUGCUCUCUUCCAAUGCUAUGGGCUCAGAAGACAGGUGUAGCUGUCGAUGUCUUUAUUGUGUUAACAGAUAAUGAGACAUUUGCUGGAGAUACUCAUCCUGCCACAGCCUUGAGGACGUAUAGAGAGAGAAUGGGUAUUCCAUCCAAGCUGAUAGUUUGUGGGUUGACAUCCAACAGUUUUACCAUUGCAGACCCAGAUGACAGAGGCAUGCUGGACAUUUGUGGCUUUGACACAGGAGCACCAGAUGUCAUUCGAAACUUCACUUUGGAUUUGAUUUAAAUCUGUGAGCACCUGCUUUACUGAAUCUGUUACUUGCUGAAGACUUUGACCUGGGACUUACCAGUCGGAUUGACUGACUGUACUAACUUAUGACUGAGUUUGACUCAUCAAUUGGAAAGUUGAACUUUUUUAAAGGGGAUGUACAGACAAGUAGAGGCAGAAUCCACUUUCUGGGGAGAUUGUUUACGUCUGUUGCAUAUAGUUUUAAAAUAGCAGUGGAAGGCCUUAUAGAAAUACCUAUGGAACACCAUAUGUGUUUAAUUUUAUUAAUAGCUUACCAAUAGCAAGGUAUUCCAACAAUUUAUACAUUAUUUUCUGAGAAUAAUUUUAUUCUGUUACUUCCAGGAUGGGAAGUGAUUUUAAGAUUUUACAUUGUGUUGGGUUAAUAACUGUUUGCUUGAGUAGCUGUUACUCAUUGUAUUGAAAAGGAAAAGUGAGACCAAGUCUGCACUACAGGUUAACUCACUUUUAUUAAUGUGUGUUGGUUCACAUUGUGUACACCACACUUAAUUUUGGUAACUUGCUGCUUUCAGUGCUCCUUUUAUUUGUAGGGGAUUCUGUUUCUAUAUGUGUUGGGAUAUUUUUUUGGACAACUGGAUUGUCCCAAGGGAUAUGUGGGUGGUGUUUGGUCUUCAGCCUCCUCCUUCAUCAUUCCUUGUUUCAAAACAAGUCUUGCAAGAAUUGCACGAUUUCGUAGUCAUGCAUUCUCAUCACACUAAUUCACGAAUAAGCAUAUUUUAAAUUUUAUACGUUUGCUGAUAUGAAGAAGGAUCACCAAGCAAGUUUGUCUUUUUGCACAUUUUAAUCAAAGGCAAAUGAAAUUACAAACCUCACCAUUUGAAGUACAGGGACAAAGAAGUAGAGAGGAUUGUUGGCAAAGAUAAAAAUUGGGACAAGUAAUUUCAUGCUAGUAAAUGGUGUAGGGAAUAUACCCUGAAACAGUCUUUUAAGUGUGACAGCACUGAACCUGUACAGGUUUCCAGGUAUUUUGAGUGCAGUUGAUGCCAGUGAGAAGCUAAAUUCUAGUCAACAGUGAUUUGUGGUAUACUAUUAGUGCAGGCAAAGCCCAUGGACCAACCUUGUAGUUUUCACCUCAGCUGUGUACAAUAGGGAAAUACUUAUGGAAUGCACUAGACCACACAACUGUGAUAGGGGUACAAAAGCUACAUAUAUUUUAAACUGAACGGGGGAGUUUUAAUUAAAUUAUAAUGGAUUUUUUUGGUCUUUUCCGGAGCUGAAUGUAUUGGUACAUACUACUACCAUUACCUUAUCUAUGAGCAUUAUAGGUAACAAACUGCCCUUCUUUAUGCCUUGUUCACUUUGUUCAAAACCCAUUUACUUCCACCAGCUUCUAUAGAAAGUUUUAAUAUAUUGGGUUCUUCUUUGCAGGGCACUAGUGUUAAUCAGUGCAACUGGUAGAGCAAAAUUGAUACUUAUGCAUGUAUAUUGGAGUCCUGAAAUAUGCCAUAUAAUACAAAAAAUAACAACCAUACCCUUCCUUUCUGAUGUUUUAGUCCUAGGUUGAUAAAUUUCUUUCAAGUGUUCUUUUGAAAACACUUCUCAAUGCAAACACUAAUCUAUUGUCAAAGUCCAGUGUAAUUAUAGCAAAGUAAUUACACAGUGCAUUCUGCAAACAUUUUAUAGUCCACAGUUUGUAUGGGCCUCAGCCUAGUAAACAUUUGAUUAAAUUGUAAUGAGCAGGGAUGCAGCAACUGCCUGCAUCUUAUCCAGUCAAAAGUGUUUGCACUGCAUUUUGUAUAAGGUACCUAUUAUAGGUGCUUGCAUUUUUUCACAACUUCAGAAUGUUACUUGAAAAUGCUUUUUUCUUUUUUUCUUUUUAAUGCUUAAAAUGGCUAAAGAAUCCAGGAAAUCACAAUUUGCAAUUGUUGCAGGAUGUGCAUCUUAAGACAUUAGUAGUUAUGUAAGUAGUGGCAUAUGUUUAAUACAGGACUGCAAAGUUCGACUAAGUGUAGAAUAAUUCAUUAAUUUUUUUGAUCAAAAAGAUUAAUAGAGUAACACAUUUUCAAUAAUAGUAAUGUAAGUACUUCACCUGGAAAUUCCAGGCAUUGUCUUAGAAAAGUCCAAGAUUAAUAUAUUCAAGAUAAUUAAUAAUUUGGUACAGUUCUUUAGAAGGAGAUUGUUUCUGUAAUUGCCAAGAUGCAUAGUUACUUUUCUGCCCUUCACAGAAGCAGCCAUCCAUCAGAAGCAGCUAUAUUUAAAAUAUUGCCGUAUGAAGUACUUGUGGCUGCAAUCUCUUGUCUAAUUUUUUUUAUUAAAGGAGGCAAGUGUCUAAAAAUGUUACCACAA